CUGUCGCCCUCUCCAAGACGGUGUGCCCUUCUGCAAGGGGCUUCGGCCAACGUGUCUAUCCAAGUAUGUACUUAAGUAGGCCCCGGCUCCAUGGUUGACCGAUAUCUGUUCCUUCAUCCAUCCAUCCCAUUCAGCUAUCUAUCUAAAGUGAGAGUGCGUGCUCCUUCCCCCGUUCGGAUUUCAUCAUGCGUUCGUUCCCUGUGGAUUGUAGCCCCGCACAGACGGCGUGCAAGGUCUAGAAUCAAUGCUCGAGCAACGCUCCGGACUUUCCCAUCGGGUCUUUGUAGCGAGGCAUUGGCUAGUGUACAUCUUGCCCACUCAAUGUUCUCCGAACCGAGCUGAAGGGGGGUUUUACCGACUCUGCUGAGCAGAGUCUGUACCACCGGUAACGAUGAUGUCAUGAUCAGGUCAUAAGUAUCCUCAACGAUGGAUGACGGUUCCAGCUUCUACCUAAGUUUGUCGAGGUCGGGUCGGGGGCAGAUUGACCGGAUCCUCGGUCAUGUCGCGAUUGUGAUACCGUCCGGUUUGGUAUGGUACAUGGGCUGGUUGGAGAUCAGGCGCUACAAUAAUCCAAUUUUGAGCUCGGAAACAACAAAUAGUGCUUCUGAGGUCUUUGCCGCGAUGAGCUCCUAGUAUCCAGCACCCCAUAAGAAUCAUCUCACUCACCUUCCGUUCCCGGCCUUAGGUAUGCUCUUGAACAUACUCCAACGGGACGAGGCUAGGCAUGGUAUCGGGAGUAAAGUAACAUAGAUACGACGUAGAACAGAUCGGUAAAAAAAA